CUCUUUGUUGGAUAAUGGAACUGGCCGAGUUAGAUAAAUUUGACCGGCAGCGCAUGCUGACGUAGAUUCUGGGGCAUUGUUCAAGCGGGCAUGAUAGUGCAGUGAGCUAGUGGCUCAGAUUUUAAAACGAGUUUUGGUUAGGUAUUAAUAAUCAGGACAUCUGAAAUAACGCUGUCUAACAACUACAACGUUGUAGGGGACACAGUCAGAUAUAGGCACAUUAGUCGUAUAACAAAGCAUUUGGCCAGAUUGCGCGUUGACAAAGCUAACAGUUCCUUAUAGUUACAAGAGCAACACAAAGGAAAUGCGGUCGAUUGGGUUCAAAAUACCAACGUAAGGAAGAGUUGUUUAAAUGGUCGAGGGAUACUGUUGUCUCUAAAGUCCUGGCAAAACAAACAACAUCAGGUUGUUGUGUAAUGCCCAGUAUUUGCAGUGGUGAUCGUUAUAUGACAACCACUUCAUAUUUGAUUGGCGCUUGUGGAUUUGUAAACGUGCUGGUAAUGUUUGACCGAUUUUAAAUUCGCGUAUAAUCGCUCAAGUUUUUGCUCUAAACGCGUGAUUAGUACGGCUUUCCCGUCAACGUGGUAACGGGUAGGAUGAAUUUGCCAUUAUGGCAACAAUCGUGACAGGCGAAGUACCAAAAGUCUUGAAUCCUGACAUUAAAACAGGACAAGAUAGCUAACGGCAAGCUAGAAUUAACUAAAGUAAUUAUUGGUACAGCUUUCUUACUAGCCGAUUCUGUCACACUUGACAAUUUGCUUCCGCCGUUAUAACGUUAUUAAUCUAAAUGUUGACAUGUAUUUGACCAUUGUGUCAAAGUUAUAAACUAUAAGCAAGUGUCGAAGAAGGGUUUCGUUAGCAUUUGGCUAGCAAGCUAAUUAGUCAGCAGAGCUAAAGCUACUGUUGUAGCUGCCUAUCAUUAAGUAACGACAGCCAGCGCUACAGGGUUAAAGUAAUAGGACGCAAAGGUAUCCUGGUUAUUUUUUUUUACAACAGUCAAAUAAUGGCUGCCCCUCCAACCGAGGCAUUGUUUUUGCUAAAAGAUGUGAAGCCUGGGUCGAAGAACCUAAAUAUCGUAUUCAUCGUUUUGGAGAUAGGUCGAGUAACGAAAACGAAAGACGGCCACGAGGUGCGCUCGUGCAAAGUGGCAGACAAGAGCGGGAGCAUUGCCAUCUCAGUCUGGGAUGAGCUGGGUAGUCUGAUCCAGCCAGGGGACAUCAUCAAGUUAACUAGAGGCUAUGCUUCUAUAUGGAAAGGCUGCCUGACCCUAUACACUGGAAGAGGAGGUGAUCUUCAAAAGAUUGGAGAAUUUUGCAUGGUGUAUUCAGAAGUGCCCAAUUUCAGUGAACCAAAUCCAGAGCUACAAGGCCAAGGAAACCAGCAGAACAAGUCUGGUAAGCCGGACCAGAACCAGAGGGGAAACUCUCCACCUAAUCAGAAUUCAGGUACUUCUGCCCCUCCAGGUAACGGUGCCAUGCCCCCCUUUUCCGGCAACCCGCCUCCGGGUGCCCCCCGCGAUCCGGCGUUCGGGAGCGUUGGCCGACCCAACGGCAGGUCUCCCGGCAACGGUGCGCCUCCGGUUAACGCAGCCGGGCCCCCCCCAGCCACAAAGUCCUCAGUUACCAUUAGCAAUGGCAGGGACCCGCGACGUGCCAAAAGAUGAAACUGGGGCCGGGGGUGAUCAUGCGCUGAAACAUUUUGGGAGUACCCCCGACCCCACAACCCCCCCCCUCUGCUCCACCACAGCCUGUACAGGCUUUCACAAUAAUGGAUUUUAUUUUACUAUUAUUAUUAUUACGGACUACUUGUACAGGCUAACAUAGUGAAGUGUGUCUUUGUCUUGCAUAGUGGUCACAGUCUACCACUCGCACCGUCAGAACCCCUACAGUUAAACACCCAAUGGUUUAGUCGUGGGCAGCCUCUUAGUCCACGUUCUUGUCCUCUAAAUCUGUUUGCAACUAAGCCGUUCUGUGCCAGUGUUAUCUCCUUCUCACAGCAGCCUGCUCCUCUUUCACCCUACACACACCCUACUUGAACACUCGAUGCACUUUUCUCUAAUUUAUGUCGAAGCUUAGCUGUCAUUCAGAUCAGGAAAUCUGUUUCCACUGGCUUUUUUUUGUUUUGUUUUGUUUUGUUUUGUUAAUAAAGUGGAAUAAGCCUUAUCUAGGUGGGAAUCAGAUCUUGGACCGAAUGACCAAGUGAACUUCUUUAAAAGGGUCUUCCCUCUCUUAACCAAACUGUAUCCGAAGUGACUCUGUAAAAGGAAAAGGGUGUUAGUUUUGAAUUUUUAAAAAUGUCAAUUGGUAAAGUUUCUCUUCUCUCUCUGUUUAAGAUGUGUUUUCUUGUUUGCCCUCAGCUGUACCCUUUUUUUUUAUCAAGGUGGGACCACUUAAAAAAAUAGCAAAGGUUCACCAAAUAAAUUUUAGAGUAAUCUUGCUGCCACAGUUGGUUUUCUUUAAUUUGUUUGAGGAUUUGAAUUACUGUUACUGUCAGCUUUUUUGUUCAAUUAGUGAGAACGCUGGUUCAUUUGCAGGAAAACAUCUCUGUAAAUGUGCUUCCUUUAGCUUCAGUUGCUGAAAAUAACCAUCAAAUGCGCACACACUUGCUACAAAAGUACCCCGGUCAAACCCUGACAUAAGGACAUAGGUUGUGGGUUUGCAAACUGACCAAAGUACGUCCUUCAAAACCCUCCACACUGUGAAACGUGUCACCGUGAGAGCUCCAACAGUGAUUUGCAGCAUGUUUCCACAUCAUUAAAGUUGUUUCCAUUCUUCAGCUCCAUCUAGUGCCCAGUACACUACAUUACCUAUUGUUCAGAGUUCCCUAUUAAACUUGUUUUGGUUAAUAUAAGCGAGUGGGAGAACUAAUACUUCAGUUGAGCUUCCCCUUUCACGCGGGGCGAAGACGUCGUUUGCUGUACGUUGUCUGAAGAAUAUGGAGUAAUUGCAACUGAAGCAAUGCUUUUCACACGACAAAGCCCCCGUUUCUUCACAUCCUUUGUUGCACCAAGCACCUAAACAUGAGAGCCUCUGUAUGUCAAACCUUUCCCCUUUACAUGAACCUUUUCAUUUAGUUUGCCCUUUUAGAUAAAGGGAUGACAGUAGCGUAUGACAAAUUAUUAGAAGUUGGGCCGUUGUAGUUAUGUAACUGAAUAUAAUAUUUUGAUGGAAUACAAAUCAAGAUACGUGAAGUCCAUAAUAAAUUUGUCCGGAUGACUAAACUAACCAUUUACUUCAAUGAGCUUGUCUCCUUAACUGAGAGUGAUUCACCAAAAGCGCCUUUAGAUUAUUAAAAAGCAGUUAUAGAAGACUUACCUUGUCCCUGAUGUUACAACACACCAAAAUAUGGCUGCAUAUAUGUCUAAUAAAUACCCUAAAAUUUAAGAUUAAAUGGUGCUGUGUGGGAUAUGUUUGUCAUUCCUGUAGGAUAUCUUAUGUUUUGUUUUUUUAUUAUCACCUCCAAGAAAAAAAAGCCAGCCUUUGAAACCUUAAAUUUGAACAAUUCCGAUGAGUGAAGACGGAAAUCAUGG